AUGUCAGGCAGUCCCAUUCCACAGCUAGUAAACAUAUCGCAUGCCUUGCAGUCGUCUUUUAUCCAGCAACUAAGGACCGAAACGCGUGAGUUUAGCGAGACGCCAACGCUUUCGCAGGAGCAGCAGCGCAAGAUAGAUACAUAUAUUGGCUCCCUUGAGCGCGCAUUCACAGCUUUCACGCGUGACAACGAACAUAUCGAACGUAGAGAUGCCGACGUCACUCCCGCAGAUGUUCAGCUAUACAGCGGGCUAAAGACAAUGUAUGCUGACUACCUUACACAGCUAACGAAACUGAAACGGAAGAGCGUUGUUCAAAACGAAGCAUCGCUUCGAGACCAACAAAAGAGCGCAAACCAAAGCGACAAUACUCGUACCACUAAUCCAAGUGCAAAGAAAAGUGAAAAUGUAAGAUCCAGUCCGCAGAAAGAAGCCGUCAAGACAGAAGCGAAAGCUCCUAGUCGAGCGAGUACCACUAACGAAGGGGGGCUUUGGCGCGCCAGUCAAGAGAAGAACGCGGGGCAAAACGAGCAUUUGCGUGCCAACCAAGUCCUCGAGUAUAUGCAAGACGAGCUGCCCUAUCAACAGCCUGCAGAACGGAAGAGCUAUGUGGACAAUUUACAGAAAAACGCAGACUUGACACUGCAAAAGAACCCCAAGCUUCUCGACGCUGUUGCAAACUUGGCAAUACUUGACUCUACCGUUUCCGAAAACCUUCAUUCAUAUGUGACACUGUUAAGAAUGGUAGGUUACAAGGAUGAUGAAUUCGCGGCACGUCUACCUCAUAUUAAUGGUAAACUUACACCCUCAGACAAAGCGCUGCCGCCUACUUCAAGCGCCGACCAGGCUUCUGCAAAGGCCCCCGCACCCGAAGAACCUAAAAAAAAGAUUUCAUUUCUGAAGUACUUGAAAAAGGGAGAUGUGAAUGAGCAAGGAAAACGUGUUUUGGAAGACAAUACAUUGGGUGGAUCGCAAAAGCGAAGCCGCCCCAAUAACGAUAACAACUCAAAUCUUAUUUCAAUUUUGAAAAGUGAGACUUCUAAGAAGAGGCGCAAUCCGAUUCGCUUUGUGGCAGAUGAGAAACUCUUGACGGUCUACGGUGACGACAUUCCCUCCGAUGGUCUAAUAGUGUCGCCUGGAAAGCUGAAAAAAGUUUUGAAGCCAUUCAAAGACGGCGAGCCCCGUGAAGUGACAUUUCCCACCUGGAAGAACCAGAAAGUCAGAGAACUGUCAAUACCGAAGCCAACUGAAGACUCGGAUAUUGUGGACAUCAAAGGAGGGCCCAUUUCUUGUGAUACUAGAGUCUCUGCCAACUACCGGUUGAACUUCACAGCAUUCAGCAAAAGCCUGAACAAACAGCCACUUGAGCCAACUGAGCUCGAUGAGAAGGACCCAAACCUUACAAAAAAGCCGCUUAUCGUACGUGCUUUUGGCAAGAACUGCCUACUUCUUCAGAAAGACAGGGGUGGCUUACCUUACAAGAGGGUGCCUGAGGUUAGUCUGAACGAUUAUCCUAUCAGACCAACAUCUAACUGA